UAGGAAAGGAAACAUGGCAGCAGCUGUGUGAUGCAGGAGACUCGCGGCUCCGCAAUGAAAGAUGCUCAUAACUCUGUGUUACAUGUAUCUGUGGGUGCGAUUCCAGAGAUAUUACAGCGGUGUGAUCCGCAGCGUGUUAUAUAGACUGAGCGGCGGCCAGAGCAGCUUUACUUUCUGUUCUCUGAAGAACCCCGAACAGCCCACAAACAGCCCAAACGAGGACUCACCGUUCCUGAAGCGGGGCAAUAAAGUCCUUUACAUCACUGAGCCGCAGGUGUGUGAUGAUGACCUCAGUAAAUGGACACUGUGUUUGGACUCUUCGCUGGUUUGUACUCCACAGCCAGAAAACAUCGCCUUCAUCAUAGAGGCCACAUCAGAGCAAAGAUCUGGAUGCUCUCCUCACAGAACUGAUAAAGUGCUGAAGUGGUCUGAUUAUUGUCUUCCGUUGGCGUUCAGUCCCGGGCAGCCGUAUAGAGCCGUAGCUGAAGCCAGUGUGGAAAACUUCAGCCGACUCGGAGUGGCACUUUUGGAAGAUCGUCUUCAGAUGGAAAAUGGGCUCAAACCUGAAAAAAUAGUUUCUGUGUCACUCAGAGAAUCGGCUCUUAAAGAAUUGUUGGAACGACAGCGAUCAGACCGCAGCAGAAAACUCGAGUCAAAACAUCUCAGUGAGCCGACAGCGAUUGUUUUAUCCCAGGAGUCUGUGUCAGAGAGAGAAGCACGAGACAUUUUAUAUUCUACUCUCCCGAGAAAGAGCGCCUCACAUCUGUCCGUCCGGCGGGACUCGGACACGCAGAGUUGCGGAGUGGAACGCAGACCCUCACGUGACCUGCAGGAGGACACGUCCGAACACCACCACAUGGACGGACAUCACCUGCAUCUGUCCAGCUGCCACGAGUGUCUGGAACUGGAGAACAGCACCAUCCUGUCGGUGAAGUUCGCCUCCGUGGAGAACAUACCGGACCUCCCGGACGACUUCACCGCCGUGGACGAGGAGGGCGGCGGUAUCUCAGUUCACAGCAGGAGGGUGAACGAGAGCGGGAAACCGCCCAAUGUGCUGGUGUUCACAGGUGGCUGCGAGGAGCAGUUCCAGAAGGUGCGCUCGCUGCUGGCCGAAUGCAUCGAUACGGACAGCUACGCCAUCUAUCCCCUGCGGCCGCAGCAGGCGCUGAGUGAGCCCUGGUUGGAGAAUGCUCUGCUGCUGGUGCUCGCCACCGACCAGACACUCACGCCGCAGCUGCAGCUGCGCUUCCUGUCCUACCUGAGCCAGGGCGGGAAAUUGUUGGGCCUGUCGUCUUCGCUCUGUCCUGCCGGACUCACGCUGCAGCGCAGAGACACCCAGAAGAAUCAGAUCUGCACGCUGAACUUCACCAAAUCGGACAGCACGGAGCUGCGGCUGAGCGUGCUGGCGAGCGGAAGCGUGUAUGUGCGGGAUCCACAGGACGGUGGAGGUGGCGAGGUGGAGCUCUGGGGGGAGAUCAGCACGGAGGACGAGAAGCACAUGGCGAUCGUUCGAGUGACUCACGGAGCGGACAGUGGCGAGGCCGUACUCUGUCAGGUGCGUUUGGAAACGGCUCCAGACGCUGAUGUCACUCAUGGUUUCUCUGAGCUGAAGAUGAGUAAUGCUCGCCGCUAUGAGGUUCUGACAGAGAUCCUGAUGUCUCUUGGUUUGAGCUGUGAACUGAGUCAGGUGCCGCCCCACAGUCCUCUUUACCUGCUCCACAUACACCAGCACCGCUUAUCAAGAACAACCAUAACAACAAACAAUUGCGUGAGGGAUUCACAUCGAUCUCAAACCCUCGGCGCUCAGGAACAACCAACAAAAACAAACAAUUGCAACGGCUGCAUUGGACAGGGGAUUGGGUUGUCCCAGGUAGUGGAGGGGGAGGAGCGCCCCGUGCUGUACAUUAGCCGAAAGCUCCCGGAAGGCCGUUUCCUGCCGUGGUUGCGAGGGCAGGUGUCCGGCUCCGGUGGUGUUUUGAGGACUCAGACGGGCAGUCUCAGGGUCAUCUGGGGUGGAGAGGAACCACCAGAUCUAGCUGACGGUGAGCGGGCAUUAUACACCGACCCGCCACAGAACUUCUCAGAACAUUUCAGUCUGCAGACGUACAAACAAAACCUACAAACUCAACGACUGGGCCAAACCGUCAUUUACGCUGACGUCACCACCACCACAAUGGACCUGCUGGAGGGGUUGAUGUUGCAGUUGCCGCAGGAAAUGGGGUUAAUCGCCAUAGCAGCACGUCAGACCCAGGGCAAAGGUCGAGGGUGUAAUGCGUGGUUGAGUCCUGUGGGUUGUGGGAUGUUUACUCUUCACCUGCAGCUUCCGCUGAACUCGCCGCUCGGUCAGAGAGUUUCAUUCCUGCAGCAUCUCGUUGCGCUUGCUGUCGUGGAGUCUGUGCGCACACUGCCGGGUUAUGAGGACAUUGAUCUGCGACUGAAGUGGCCAAAUGACAUUUACUACAGUAAUCUGAUGAAACUCGGUGGUGUUCUGGUCAAUUCCACCAUCACUGGUCAAACCUUCAACCUUCUGAUCGGCUGCGGGUUCAACGUGAGCAAUAGCAACCCGACCAUCUGCAUUAAUGACCUGGUGCUGCAGCAGAAUUGUGAAUGCGGUCGCAGUCUUGAUGCGCUCAGUACGUCGCAGCUCAUCGCACGUACAGUCUCUCUGCUGGAGCGCUUCAUCGCAGACUUUCAGCUGCGCGGCCCGCAUGCACUGCUGCCUCUCUACUACAAGAGAUGGAUACACAGCGGCAUGCGUGUGCGUCUGUGGAGUGAGGACGGGCCAGAGGCCGAGGUCGUGGGUCUUGAUGAGAACGGGUUUCUGCAGGUGUUUUCUCAAGAUCAGGGAGUCGUGUCUGUGCAGCCUGACGGAAACUCCUUCGACAUGUUGAGAAACCUCGUGAUGAUUAAGAGCCGCUGAACACUCACUGAAGUCUGAUGUGUUUGAAGAUGAAAUCAUUUAAUGAGAUCUCAUUUAAAAUAAAUGCAAUUAUUUCCUCUUUUUAAUUAUCAUAAUGAUUCCGGCCCCAAUGGAUCAUAGAAAUGAUCAGUUAACAUUGUUAAUUAGCAUCCUGUGUUUAUUGGAUAUUUAUUUCACACACAGUUUGGGUCAUUAAUAUCUGGAAUAGACAUCAAAGAGUUUCUGUCUUGUCUGAUUCAUCAUACAUUCAGAUUAUUAUUAAUUCAAUAUACUUUAAUUUCACAUGCAAGAAGAACUGAUUUCAGACAGACAGUGUAAGAUGAAUUUUGUGUUCAUAUGUGUGCUGGUAAAUAAGCACCGUUAACUAAAAAUGCUGUGUGUGAGAUAAACACGUGAGUAACACACAAAUGUUGUAAUUACAGUACAUGGUUUUUAAAAUUAACAAUAUGUUUCUGUCUCUUGAAGCAUUAUUUGUAAAAUAUGGAAGUUUCUUUGAAAAUCUGACUGAAAUUCCGAUUGCUUUUAUCUAUAUGUAACUGAAUCUCUGAAUUGGUUCCAUAUUAGAUUUUGAGGAGAUUUGCAUAUUUAUAUCAGGGAAUCCACUAUUAAUCUGUCAAUAUCAAUGUUUUGUAAUAAUCCACAAUUUGUAAACCAAUAUGAAUGCUCCAUUUAACAUAGUCAUUCCAGUGUUGUACGGUAUUAAAAACAAUUGGUCAUUG